CCAGAGGCGAUAAAAGCCCCAAGAUAUCUCCGAAGUAGAUCAGUUUAGUUCAGAAUUCGCAAUAGUCCCAAGCCAGACAUUCAAACGGUUCGACUUUGAAGACCCCCAUCGAAGACCCUUAAUCGCAGAACCUCCAUCGAAGAACCUCUAGCCACGACAGAGAUCCUAAUGCUCGUCUGGAACGAUAAACAGGAUACCAACUUUACAUUCAUUUGAGCAGAGUGCUCCAAUUGCCAGGAGUCGGACCGGAGACACCGUUGAAUUUGGAAUUUUUGUUUGAUUUUUUUUUGGGUUUUUUGGUAUUCGUUUUUUUUUGUAAGGGCCGGUGAUAAUGCCCAGCAGUGUUGCCAACGAGAGUCAGUUCCGAUUCCAGAGCAGUCGCAGUCGGGCCAGCUGUCCGAGCCGGAGUCCCAGUGACUCCCCGGACACCCCGCAGUCGGUCGCGGUUACUCCCAACUGCGAUGUGGUGGACCAGGCGCUGGCCGAGCUCCAGCUGCAGUCGCAGGACCUAAAGGCGUCCACCAGUAGCAGCAGCAGCAGUGGACGCUCCGGAUGGAAGAUCAAGGGCUCCAAGUUGUCCCUAAACACGCACAAUCGCAUCCGGAACAUUGUCGAGUCGCUGAAGAUCAAGCCGAAUCCGGAGAAGCCCAUGAUACCGCUGUCCAUUGGUGAUCCCACAACCUUUGGCAACCUGAAGGCCGCCGAUGAGACAAUGAAGGCGGUGUUGCAUUCGCUGGAGAGCGGCAAGUACAAUGGAUAUGCCCACACCCAGGGUCACGAGGUCGCACGCAAGGCGGUGGCCAAGUACAGUGCCCACCAGCGCCCCGAAGAGGAGAUCGAUCCCAACGACAUAUUGCUCUGCAGCGGCUGCUCCUCGGCCCUGGAGUACUGCAUCCUGGCGCUGGCCGAUCGCGGCCAGAACAUCCUGGUGCCGCGACCCGGCUUCUGUCUGUACCACACCCUGGCCGAGGGUCUGGACAUCGAGGUGCGCUACUACGACCUGUUGCCCGAUCAGCAGUGGCGCGCCGAUCUCGUCCAGCUGGAGAGCCUGAUCGACGAGAACACCGCCGCCCUGUUGGUCAACAAUCCGAGCAAUCCCUGCGGCAGUGUCUUCGAUGAGAGCCACCUGCGCCAGCUGAUCGCCAUCUGCGAACGCCACUAUCUGCCCAUCAUCGCCGAUGAGAUCUACGAGCACUUUGUGUUCCCUGGCUCCAAACACUUGGCUGUGAGCAGCCUGACUACCGAGGUUCCAGUUUUUUCCUGCGGCGGAUUGACCAAGCGCUUCCUAGUUCCCGGAUGGCGAAUGGGUUGGAUCAUCGUGCACGACCGGAAGCAGCGUCUGGGCGAUGCCGUCAGAGGUCUGAAGAACAUGUGUGGUCGCAUCCUGGGUUCAAACACCAUUAUCCAGGGUGCAUUGCCUGAAAUCCUGACCAAAACACCACAGUCUUAUUUUGACGGCGUAAUUGAUGUGCUUCACUCGAAUGCCACACUGGCCUACAAGAUGCUGAAGCAGGUGCGCGGCCUUAACCCCGUGAUGCCCAAUGGGGCCAUGUACAUGAUGAUCGGCGUGAGCAUCGAGCGCUUCCCGGCCUUCAAGGACGACACCCACUUUGUCCAGGAGCUGGUCAACGAGCAGAGCGUCUUCUGUCUGCCGGGCAGCUGCUUCGAGUACCCGGGAUACGUGAGGAUCGUGCUCACGGUGCCCGGGGCGAUGAUCGAGGAGGCCUGCUCCAGGAUUGCCGAGUUCUGUGAACGCCACUUCAAGAAGGACUCGCGCGCCUUUAUCGAGCACCGACUGCUGGACGAGGAUCUCGCCUUUUGAGCUGGGAGCAAAACAUUUAUUAGACAUUCUAGACUACAAUUUUUAUCAAGUGUACAUAAGUAUGCAUAUAUGCAUGCAUGUAUGUAUAUAAUAUAUAUAUAUCAAUCAUUAACUAUCCAA